AUGGCUACAAAGGACACGAUGCAAGCGGUCAUCUUCAAGGGCAAGCUGCAGGUCGCGAUCGAGCAGAGACCCGUACCCAAGAUUCAGGAUCCGAAAGACAUCAUCGUCAAAGUACGAUAUGCUGCCCUCUGUGGAAGCGAGCUGCACGUCUAUCGCGGCCACGAACAUGCUGAUCCCGGAUUCAUUAUGGGCCACGAGUUCACCGGCGAGGUUGUGGCUCUCGGUUCAGAUGUCAAGACGGUGAAGAAGGGUGACACUGUGGUCACGCCAUUCACGACCAGCUGCGGAGAGUGCUUUUACUGCAAGAGAGGAUACUCCUCUCGCUGCGCGAAGUCUCAAUUGUUUGGCUCGCUGGGUCUCGAUGGCGGACAGGCAGAGUAUUGUCGGAUCCCGCUGGCAGACACCACAGUCGUCAAGGCACCGCCCAAUAUCGACGAGAACAAGCUUGUGCUGAUGGCCGACAUCUUCCCUACUGGCUUCUUCGCGGUGUCAAAUGCGUUCCGUGGGAUCGACAAGGAAGAGAUCUCUCGGAGUGUCGUGUUACUGAUCGGUUGCGGGCCCGUUGGACUGUGUGCGUUGGUGAAUGCUCUUGAGUACAAACCCAAGGCGCUGUUGGCCAUUGACGGUGUGGAGGCGCGCUUGCAGCAGGCCAAAGCCCUAGGGGCCGAGCCCUGGAACUACCAGAAGGACAUGGAGGGGCUCAAGAAGCGAGUCUUGGAGCUCACUGACGGCAGAGGAGCUGAUACCGUGAUCGAACUUGUGGGACACAGUGACGCGUUAGGGAUGGGCUUCGACCUGUUGAGACCUUUCGGCAACAUCUCCAGCAUUGGUGUCCAUAACAGCAAGAUCCCCUGGACUGCUGCGCAAGCAUAUGACAAGAACCUGAGAGUCCAGAUGGGCAGGUGUCCAGUCCGGAGUCUUUUUGAGCCGGCUCUGGAGAUGCUCGUAAAGAAUCAGCAUCAGCUUGACUUUAUGACCGAGAACAUCAAACCUCUGUCAGAGGCCGUCAAAUGGUACGAUGAAUUUAACAACAUGAGGGUACAAAAGAUAGUUUUUGAGCCGGGCAAAUGA